CCUGCGCAACGGAUAUACCGGCUGAUUGAUUUUGCACUUCUCUGUAAUAAAAUCUUAAACCUUUUGGCGUACCGGUCUUGGAAAAACGUACAUCGUAACUAAAAUUUGGUUCCUUCACCCAAAUCAUGUCGACUAAGAACACUGUUAUAACCCUUGAAGGGUCUUCCAAAAUUAUCGCGGAAUAUCUACGAUAUGCAAUAAACAGCAUUAUUUUUCAACGCGGCAUCUACCCGGCCAAAGAGUUUGAAAAGUAUAAUCGAUACGGCGUCUUGUUGUACAUUUCGAAAAAUGAGGGAGUCAAGCGGUUUCUUGAUGCUAUUUUGCCGAAUAUACAAGCAUGGUGUGGCCAGAAAUUGGUCAUAUCGAUUAUGCUCGUCGUAUAUAACUCACUCACGAAGGAAGUAGCAGAACGAUGGGAAUUCAACAUAAAAUACGAGAAAGACGGCAUCCAAUAUGAGAGCGCCACAGCCGAUUCAGGUGCGCAACAGAUGAUACCGCACAAGCCUUCGGAGCAAAUUUAUGCCGAGAUUUGCUCUGUGAUGCGCCAAAUCACAUCGACGAUCGCAUUAUUGCCGCUCCUUGAUUUCCACUGCACCUUCGAUGUGCUGGUUAACAAACGUGGCGGGAUACCGUCGAAAUGGAGCAAAACGGGUUCGAUCGAUUUGAGCAAUACUCAAACGAUACAUACGCGUCAAUUCGCGACGGGCUUUCACAUGAUGAAAACUUCAGUCACUUACAGCCUUCAGCAAGAUAAGUGAUUUUUUCCGCUUCCAUUUUUCUUCAUCUUUUGUUCAUUUAACUUAAAUCCUCUUAGCCAUUGUAUUUAACAUGUAACGAGGGCAUAAUAUUUCUGGGGCCGCAAUAAAUAAUAAUUCUUUAA